AUGUCAGACGACUUCUAUGUGCGGUACUACACCGGGCACACUGGCAUGCACGGCCACGAGUUCCUCGAAUUCGAGUUCUCCAAAGGUCUCUUACGCUACGGCAACAACUCCAACUACCGAUCCGAUUCGCUCAUCAGGAAAGAAGUCUGGCUGAGUCCACUAGCGAUACAAGAGCUGCGCAGGAUCGUCGAAUCAUCCGAGAUCGUCAAGGAGGAUGACGCGCAAUGGCCAAAGAAGAACGUCGUCGGCAGACAGGAGCUUGAAGUCAAGCUGGGGAACGACCACAUCUCUUUCGAGACGGCCAAGAUUGGCUCGCUCGUGGACGUACAGGCGUCAGACGAUCCAGAGGGGCUCCGCGUGUUCUACUACCUCAUACAAGACUUACGGAUCUUCGUCUUUUCGCUCAUCUCGCUGCACUACAAGAUCAAGCCGACACAAUGA